UACAGACGAGUACACGGCAAAUUUGUUGCCUAAUUUAGUUCGCAUGUCUUGUGUUUUGUGCGUCGCGUCAUCGUUUAUCGUCGUAUAGUGAUACUUAGCUGAUGCUGUAUAUAUUUUAUGUGCUUCGUUUAGUAUAAGUGUUUAUAACGUUCGAACAGUGCUGCACUGGGAAUGAAAAAUAGUGUGUGGUUUGUUUGUAAACAGAACGGCAUGCGCCUCACAACGUAAACAGACUGCAUUUCAUUCUAGUUUGUUUACGAGAAAAACUGCCCUGCACUUUCCUAGUUUAAUUGAAAGCUCAAAUCCAGUACCUAAUUCUGUGCCAAUAAAGAUAUAAAUAUUAAUUAUAUAUAAAUAGUUGUAUUAAUAAUUAAAUAAAAAGUGUUAAAUAUCCGUCUUCAAAAAAAACUUGUUUAUACCGUAGCACGUGUGAAACAUUGAGUGGGUGAAAUAUACGAGAGUUGAGCCUCUACUAUAAGAUCGAUAGCAUUACGCAUUACGUGAGCGAGACACAAACAGACACAAAACACGCACACUGACGCGUUCACCCUUCGCCCUCCGAAAGUAAAUAGCCCGCGAAAGCUUUAAAACAAAACCGAAUUUAUAGAGUAAGAAACGUAGUACAAAACACUGUGAUUAUUUUAUUACUGUGAUAAUGUUGGUCGGUGCGAAUUUGUGUACGCCCAUGAUGUUUCCGAGUUUUGUGCAAAAUCCGUUGAUGAAGACUGUUAGCCCAACGCAUGAGCCCAUAAGGAUGGUGACAUCUAUGCCCUCUACCCCAGUGCACGGUCCAUUGGACAGGAGUGCCUCACCCCUCACCCCCGCAGAGAGGACAGGCGCUCCCCCAGGCGCGGGAAAGGACGCUGUGAAGCUUUUUAUUGGCCAAAUACCUCGGCAUCUAGAGGAAAAUGACUUGCGCCCGAUGUUUGAGGAAUUUGGAAAAAUUUAUGAACUUACAGUGCUGAAAGACAAACACACGGGCAUACAUAAAGGGUGCGCUUUCCUUACAUAUUUCAACCCGGAAAGCGCUUCGAGCGCACAAACAGCCCUCCAUGAAAAAAGAACGCUACCAGGGAUGAAUCGAGCAAUACAGGUCAAACCAGCAGAUAGUGAAAAUAGAGGAGAUCGCAAGUUGUUCGUGGGGAUGCUCAGCAAACAACAGACGGAAGAGGAUGUACGCCAAUUGUUUACGCCGUUCGGUACUAUAGAAGAGUGCUCCAUACUUAGGGGACCCGACGGCUCAAGUAAAGGCUGCGCAUUCGUGAAGUUCAGCUCACACCAGGAAGCCCAGCAAGCAAUCACACAACUCCACGGAAGUCAGACUAUGCCUGGAGCUUCCUCCAGCUUAGUUGUGAAAUUUGCGGACACAGAGAAGGAAAGACAACUCAGGCGCAUGCAACAGAUGGCCGGCAACAUGAGUCUGCUGAAUCCGUUCGUGUUUAAUCAAUUCGGAACCUAUGGCACCUAUGCCCAAGUUAUUACCGAACAGCAACAAGCUGCACUGAUGGUGGCGGCGACUGCGCAGGGUUACAUCAGUCCGAUGACUGCGCUGGCGUCGCACGCGCUCAACGGAAUGGCCAACUCAGUGGUCCCGCCUACGUCUGAGAACUUCACGGGCCUGGCGAUAGGUACAGGUGGAGGGCAGCCCCUGAAUGGUGCUUUGCCUUCUCUGCCGUCUCCGACCAUGCCUGGCUUCAACAUGGCAGCGCAGACGGCUAAUGGCCAGCCACCACCGCAGGAAGCUGUCUACACCAAUGGUAUACAUCAAACUUUUACUGGACCUGUUCCAGUAACAGCCCAAGGUCUACCAAACGGUGAGGCUGCAGCGCUGCAACAUGCAGCGUACCCCGGUAUGCAGCCAUUCCCUGGAGUCGCAUACCCAGCGGUUUACGGACAGUUUCCGCAGCCCAUACCACCCCCGAUGUCGACCAUUGCCCCGGCGCAAAGAGAAGAUUUUCUUAUGUUCCCAGGCUGCUCGAUCUCAGGCCCUGAGGGGUGCAACCUCUUCAUCUACCACCUCCCUCAGGAGUUUGGUGACGCGGAGCUAAUGCAGAUGUUUAUGCCCUUCGGGAACGUGAUUAGCAGCAAGGUGUUUAUAGAUCGCGCUACUAACCAAAGCAAAUGUUUUGGAUUCGUGUCAUUUGACAACCCUGCAUCAGCCCAGGCGGCAAUUCAGGCAAUGAAUGGCUUCCAAAUCGGCAUGAAACGGCUAAAGGUCCAGCUCAAGAGGCCCAAAGACGCCAAUAGGCCCUACUAACACGAAAUGUCUUUGUUGCGCGUCUGCCCACCUCCGCCGAGGGCAGCAAUGGGCACUUUCCGGCCUCGGCGAGCGAACUCACGCAACUCGAACACUUUUAAUGAAUUUAACAGACAAGUGUAUAGCAAAUAUCAGUAACAUCUUACUAAACUAAACUAAAGCCACCGAGGCGAGUAUACUAUAUUAGUUAAAAGUAAUUAUCUAUUGAUCAAUGCGUAGAAAGCUUCAUUCUUAUCAUUAUCGAUUAAUCAUUAAAUUACUCUAUUAUAUUAUUAUACAAUUGAUUAACUUUGAUUAAAUUAUUAUUAUUAUUAUUAAAAAUGACACGUUAUAAAAAUUUUGUCAUUCGUAAUCAUACUUCUACUUCUAAGUACUUAAACGUUUAACUGAAACUUUUAACAUAAAAUUUAUUAUACUAGUUAUUUGCUUGAACUAAGCCAAACUGAAUUUAUUAAGUAAGUUGAAAAUGUAAGAAAAAAUGUAUUUUAAUUAUUGUAUAUUAAGUAGUCUUAACUGGUCACACCCGUCUCUUUGUAUUGUUGUUUUGUUCGUAGCGUAGAUGGCGCUGCAUUGAACGCGCGUUUGUUCUACGUUUUGUUAGGCGUAGGUCAUUGACAAAGAUACGGUGUUGACUUUUCGCGAACACUGUUGUCUCUUUCAAGAUUCAAUUAUUGAUUACAUUAAGUACCGGUAUUUACCACUAUUGGCAUAAUAUAUUAUCCUAUAUUUUGUUAUACUUAUUAUGUGUGAGUGUCUGAUAUAAGCUGUUACGCUAGGCUGUACCAUAAUUCUGAGGCACUCAUCUUACUUUAAAUUCUUUGUUUCAUCCUUACAAAAUUCCUAAAACUGUAGGUACAUGAUUGAUAUUACGUAGUCAAUCCACGAUAACUAUGUAUGAAACAACUAUAAAAUUGGUAGAGCCAUUCUAAAAUUAAAACUGUAACAUAAAUAAAGCAAAAGCUCAAUUCGGAACCAACAGACUCAAUUAUUGCCAACCGAAAGUGUUCAAAUUGUGUCUUUCAAACAUAUUAACAAAAUUGUACAUAUGUCUAGAUAUAUAUCAGCUUUCGAGUUUAUCAUUUUCAGUUGUGGUAAGCCUAGCGACCCAAUUACCAUGUUAGUGAAUGUUAAUAUUUAACAAUUAUUAUGCAAUUGUUAUAAACAUAAAUGUUGUAAACUCUGUGUACAAAUCAAAGUGCACUUCAACAUAAAAAAACACAAUAAGGCCUUUGUUUCAAAGAUCGUUUAUGUGUUGUAAAUUCCAAAUGGGCUGUGAUAUAAAACUAAUAUAUCAACAUAAUGGAUUGUACAGGCCGUUCGUCUUUGCAUGUUAUAUUUCGCUCUUUAUCGCUCACACACUUUCUAACUUUCUAAAGAAAUUACACUUUAACCCCUUUACUAAAAUACUUGAAAACUACAAACAAACACCCUACUUUGUAUAGUUAAAGAUACGAUGUUCUCCUGAAGGAAACCGAAUUAGCAACAUCGUAGAUAGCAUUCAAUCUAUUAGUCAUAAUACUUUAUUAUCGGAGAAUUUCAAUUUGCAACAUCGAAUCUUUAAAAUGUUUCCAUAUUUCAGACCAAGUCUGUGAGCGAUUAUCUCGCCAACGCGACGUCAAUUGAAGGAGCGUGCUUUUUCAUUUUAAUUUCGUGGAUGUGUGUAAUGUGUACCUUAUACAUAAAUUAUGAACAAUUGAUGUUAAGAUGUUAAUACAACUGAAUGUCUAAGGAGACAACAGUGACCAAAGCGAAAUACAAAAUUAGGGUAAUUUCUACUGAAAAUAGAGUCAUAAUCAAAAUGUACCAAUAUACAUUUAAAUACUGAGAUACCUUAGAUGUAAACACAUGCGCGCGGGCGGAAACUAAACUCCGGUGUGCCGGUGUUGCCAUUUAAAAAAACAACAGCUUGAAAAUACUAGUCGUGUCGCACUCAACACGAUCAUAGUCAUUUUUGAAGCCUGUAUAAAAUGUAAAUAGAAGUAAUGAUAGAUAUGGACAGUGUUUUUAACACACUAAGUUUUGAAUACUUAUGCUAAAUACCAAAUAUUUUUAAAUGAAACGUAAUUUAAAAAAGGUAUUUGGGCCCCCUACGGCGAGUAUCAUGCAGAAAUUACUGCAAAUACACUUAGUUACUACAGUAUAUUUUCUUCUAUGCUAAUCGAUUACGUAUAUGGCAAGGAGCAUACAAAAUAAGUUUAUGAACUGAAUAAAUAAUCCUAUAAAUAUAGAGCCAAAUAUCACGAUCAAUUUUAAGCUUAAAUGUGAAACUUAAAUUACAAAGCAACGCUUUCUUGUCGAAAAACCGUAAAUUUCCGUCCGCUUAUGUAUAACGCAAUUUUAGAAAAUCGCUUCUUUCAAAUAUAUUAUUUCUGCAUAAUACUGCUCAUGUGAUAAGGCUCAACAUGGUAUAAACACAUUUGGACGGUAAUAAGAAAAUGGUUGAAGAUAUGAAUGAGGGGCAAAUAAUGUUGCAUUUAUUAAAAGAAAAUAUGAACAAAUUUAAUAAGAAACGACAUAGAUAAAUUUAAAAAAUACUAUAAAUUAUAAAAAUAAUAUUAAUUUAAAAAAUAAUAAUAGUAAUAUAUCCAUUUUUAAACAAGUAUCCUUUUCCGUACAGUAGAUAUUACCACAGAAUAGCAAGAUAUUCAUAAGAGAUCUCAUGUACGACAUUGUGCAGAAUAUUUUAUUUAAAUAAUCAAAUUGUGCGUUUGAAAUAUCAAAUUAUCCAGAUGUGUUUAUAUCAUAACUGCGUGCGGUCGCCAAUUAUGCCACCGCCGCCCUAGUCAAAUAUUCAUUCAUCACAAACAUAGAUUUUUAUAUUUACACAAAAUAAUUAUUAUAUGGAAUAUAGUAUUCUAGUUUAAGACGAUUAUGAUUUAACGAUAAGCUGUAAUUUGGGAGCGAAUCGUAUUUCCCCGCAACUUGCUGAAGCUUUAUUUAAUAUUAAAAAAAUCCUAUCUAGAAUUGAAACAUAAAUUGUUCUGUUGUGAUCGAAACUAUGUUAAAUAUUAUUAUAGUCUUUUGUUACAAAAAACAUUUGCAUGAAUUGUUUUUUUGGAUGUAUCUAUCUCCUUCGCGGCGUGUAAUACGAUUUGGCUUUCAAAGUUUAAAAAUGCAACGGAGGCAAGAAGUACUAACCAAUAAUAUUACGUAGUUAGUUGUAGUAGCUAUCCUAGUUCUUUUAUAUUAUUAGGUACACAUCUUAGUGCAAUACAUUGUUACGCUUUUUAAAUUGUUUUAAGCGUUCUUAUGUUUUAAAAACUUUCUAUUUAUUUAUUUUAUAUUUGACGGUUUUGUACAACGGCAAAAGCACUUAACACGUCACGAUUUUUGGACGUAGCAUUACAAGUGAUCGUAAUUUAAUAUUUUUAUCUUGAGAAGUCUUCAUGUUAACAUUAUGCAGUCGAAGUCGAUAUGCAUACGAAACCAUAUAUAGAAAUAUCGGACGCAACUUGCCAGCUAAUCUAAUGUCCGCUUGGCUAUUAUAUAUUAUAAUAUAUAGUCAGAACUAAAUGAUGCCAAAUCGGAACGUAUACUUACUUCUAGUGUAAUGAUUAUAAUAUUAUUGAUUAUAUCAUCUCGUGGAUAAGAUAGGAGUAGCGGGCUCGAUGGAUGGCUACUGAGUACGGAGCGACACGUUUGUUACAGUUAAUUAUUAACUUGUACUUUAUAAUACUUAUAUUGAUGAAACAAUUCUAAAUCCUCCAAAGUAUAUUAUGUGCCGUAACGCAUAGUUGAUAAUAAAUUAAAAUGUGUCCUUUCUGAAUAUAUAAAACAAUCGCCCGUAAAGUGAUUCUAGGAUACAGGGUAUGCUUUGCAAUUAAAUGUAUCUAAAUGUUUUGUAGGCAAUUUUCGCCUCAAUCUGACUUCGGCCUUUCUCAGGUUCCGCAGCCACGGAAUAGAUAUCGAUCUGCAGACAACCGUUAUCACAUAACAAUUAUCAAAUAUAUGGUACUAGAAUUACUAUAGCAUAAUGGUGACAUAAAUUGUCGUCAUGCAUCGGCCUCCCUAGUGGCGGCGCCCGCGCCGCUUCUCUUUCGGGUCCACUGUAGUUUGUGGAAUUUUUAUACUCUGUCGUAAAUAUUGAAGCAUUACAAAACUCUUAUCCUAAUUAUACUCGCAAACUUAUUGGACUUGCACUUGCUUGAAUUGAAUAAUGCAGUUAGUUUUUAUAAUAUAAAUAAAACAUGUGUGUAUUCGUUUUGGUUGUCUUCGUAAUAAUUAUAAUUUAUCUUUUAAAAUCAUAAGCUAAUUAAUUCCGUCUAUAAUUAAGUAACUCAUAUAUUACAGGAAGGAUUAUUUGUUUGGAUGUACAUAUUUGUCAUGCCAUCUAAAAUUCAACAAUAAAAACUAAUAAAUUGUUUGACAAUCGUUUACUAUGUGACAGUUACACAUAAUUUGUCGUUCGUUAAAUUCCAUUAAAGAUGAUAUGUGAGCGCUCUUAAAAGAAAAUAUUUCGCACAUGUAAGGUUUAAAUAAGUUUGUUGAAUGAUGAUGGAUCGUUAUUUAGAUUGAAUAAUUAUCGGACGGUGUGAAAUCAAGACACGACUUUAUGUUUCAUCAAAUACUCGCGUCGCGGUUGUAUCGUAUCAGUUACGUGUCGCUACGGUUAACUGCGCUUAAUCCAAUCACCGUUCGAUUAGAUUUUAAGAUGAAUGCCAAUACUUUUAUUAAAACAAAAUUAGGAUUCGAAAUAAUUAUGUAAUCAUAUAUCUAUUUAUAUUAUUAAUAUAUUAAAAUAAUAUGAAGAGAGGCGCAUAGUGCUUUUAUAAAUGUAGAUCCUAGUAAAAUGCAAAACGAUCUAGUCAUAUCUUCUUCUUUGAUUGAUUUCAUUUGCUUAGCAUAGUUUAGCUUCAAGCAUACUUUAACUAUUUCAAAUACUUGAGGUUUUUUUUAUUACAACAUUGCUUUGACAAUUGUAUCUAUUAUUCGCUGCCUCUGACUUUAAAAAUACAGCAUAUAUUAUUUAAUCGAUUAAGGUAUAAUUAUGUAUCAUUUUUGAUAAGUUAUCCAGAAUAUUGUUUCGUAUAUUCAAAAUCUUAGGAUAAGUAUAAUUCGUAGAAAUAGAAGAGAGAUGGAUAGCUUAGCCAAAGAUAAGAGUAGAAAAAUUAAACCACGUAAAGAGAUACAUUGUCAUGUGUUACGGUGAUGGAAAAAUACAUUUACAAAUAUGAAAACGCCGUCCUUAUCUCUUUCAAGAAUAAGGCCAAAAAUAAAUAUUGAAACAAGUGUAUGCUGAAUGCUUUGAUUUCAGAAUCUUCAAAUUUAUUCAAAAUCUAUUGUUUUAUUACAUGCUUUUGAUAUAAGUCUAGGAUCGUUUAUAAAUGCGAAGAUACGUUGUCUUUAUCACCUCGUUUUCUCGUCCUCUUAUUCUAUUCUAUUGAUCAAAGAUGGUAAAAAUGUUCCGACUAUAUAUUUACCACAAUUGCGUAUCGCGCCUCUAGCAGUUUUGCGCACAUUAACUUUGGCACUUUAAACUGACAGGGGCUUGAGACAAAAUCACUUUGCUACAGGCGUGACCCACUAACAAUGGUCACGUGACGUCGACUAAUGUCAUUCCUUGGCCCCAGAUUUCGGGCCAUCAGAUCAUGGCGAUUAUCUCAUUGUAGGCUCUGACGCUAAUAGCGAUCCUGUUAACCCAGAAUUAUCAAGUGCCAUAACUAGUUAUACUCAAACUGUAAAUAAUCAUAAUGUAAUUUGACAUCAUAUCUAAUUUAGGAGCUUACUAGCCUUUUGCCCCGAGUCUUCUCGGGCGGGUGACAGGGUGUCGCUGUAUAUAUCUAAGGAAAUCUCUAAGUACCACUUAUCGCUUUUAGAAAACUGAAAACAGGGCGAUUCAUCCCAAAUGAUUCUUUUACUCUAUAAAAUAACACCAUUACCUUGUUUGAUGUUCAAUUGAGAUUUUAUUUACUUCAUUACUAUAAUCACUUAAAACUUAGAGAUAAAAGUUUCACAAUGUAAAUACCUAUCUUAGACGAUAUCAUUUUCUCAAUUGAAACGCAACAAAUAUUAACGUACAUUUGUCUAUACAUUGUUCUGGAUAACUUAUGGUAAUAGUUUAAGCGUAUACAAUUUGCUCUGAAGUUUCAAUCAUUACUAAAGUUUUAUGCGAACUUUGAAAGACCUUCUUUAAUGAGAGCAAAUUGUAUAGUAAUAGCUAGUGGUAAAGGAGAUACCUCAGUAGGUAUAUGUGAUACGCUUGAAACCAUCGUCCAUAAAGCCUACGUAUCUUUCAAACUCGAACUGGUUACACUUGCCAUCUUUUCCUUGCAACCGAUAGUUAGGGUAAAUUGUAUAUCGGUAAUCCAUAUUUAUACAAAUAGAUUUUCAAAUAGCGAAUAAUCGCUGAAGGGAAUUGUAUAGGAAUUGCCAGAACCAACCAAUCGCUUGUGAAAUAAAAACUGAAAUUAUUUUUGCAUUUUAGACUAUAGUACGUAAUUAAUUUAACCAUCGUUCUGUGUAAGAGAAAUAUUUUUUCUCGUCUUAUUGAUCGAUUUGUUGUUAUUCAAUAGAAUAAAUCGCUUUUUGUAUGAAACAGCACAUAAUAUUUUUGAGAGUACAAACAUGAUAUGGAUUGUUAAUUUGUAUCUCAAGUAGUUAAAGGGAAUUGGUGUAACUUAGCUAGUCGAUUAAUUGUUUAAGAGGGCACAGUAUUUUUUUCUUAUUUAAUAGGCUAACACUUCUAAUAGAAUGGAAAUAAUACAUGUAAUAUAACUGCGACUGUCCUCAAUUUAAAAACUUUUGUAUUCUAGUGGUUGUUAAUAGCUGUCUUAUACUGCACAAAGAUUCACACAGCCCAAUUAGUUCAUGUAUGUGUGUGACAGUUGACAGUUUUUGUAUAUUGCCAUUAGGAACAAUUUAUUUUGCCAUGAGUUUAAAAUUGUCAAUUGGGAUCGUAAUAAUUUGCGUUUUUUGGAACAUUUAGACGCAAACAAAUCGAUUCCAAUGUUAUGUAUAAAAAACCAACGUACGUUAAAAUUGUUAUCGGACUAUACACUUAACUAGAUAAUGAAAUAAUUGAAUAAUGUUCCCUUGAAGCAUUUGAUAGCUAGGCUAUUUGGUAUAUCAUAAAAAUAUUGUUAUAUUUUGCCAAAGAUUGUAAAAUAAGAGAAUUAUGAUCACUUUUUGAAGCGUCGCUAGAUAAUAUUAUUUUUAAUUUAUAGUAAAAUUCAUACUGUACCUAGGCAAUUGACUGCAUUUGUCACUUUAUAUGAAACAAAUACAAUAAUGUUUUGCCUACUUUGCAUGUUUAGUUGAUAAUCCUAUUAUCGAGUUAUCUAUAUUAUGUAUCAAAACAUAUUUGAAACUAAAUAACUAUUCAAUUAUUUAUUAUUAUACACUUAUUACGUUUAGUAUGCUAGAAAUAUGAGGAAGGAUAAUAAAUAAUUUUAAUUAUAUUA